GCUCCUACGGCAUAACAGUUGUAGUUUGUACUUUAUUUAUGAUUUUAUGGAUUAUGGCCCGAAUCGUUGUUGUUCUAUAAAUUGACAAUGCAAUAAAAAAUAGUGGGAAUGCAUGUGUGCGUAAUUGUUUGUGUGCAAAAAAUUGCGUUUAAUAAGAUUUAACUGUACUUUCAUGAAUAAUAAUAGUUAGGUAGGUACUUUCUUUUUAGAACAAUUUUUUUUUUACCAUUAUUGCAAUACCUACCAUUUUGAUUUAUUUUUCUUUGUAGUUUAGAGGCGUUGGUUUCCUAAACUACAAUCUAACCAUUCCGCCAUUUUCUUUUAGAUAGGUACACGAGUCUCUUUAAUUUGGUGGGGUUAUAUCUAGAUAAAGUAUGGCUGUUUGGUCAAAAUUCCACUUAUUUAAAUUUAAAAUUCAACUAUUUUACUAAUUGAAUUCCAUUUGUACUAAUGUCAUCCAAAUAUAUAUGAAUACAUAUGACUAUUAUGCACAGGAUUUCAAUAAGAAAUGGAAUUAGAAUUUAUAUAAAUAUCUACAUAAUGUGUCAUUAGCGCAAGUAGGUAUUGUAGGUACCUACAUUCCCAAUUGUUUUCUUAUCUAAAUGGUUGGCAUUAACAUAGCUUCUAUUUGUACUUUGAAGUUAUAAAUAAUAUUGUUAGUGUAUUGAGAGAAUUCAAACAAGGUUUUAAAGCUGGUAUCAGUACAAUAUAUACGUCAAACAUUUUGAUUGCCACAUAAUACCUACUAUGCAAUUACGUAGCAAAUGACUAAUUUACUAAUGUAAACAAUCUAGUGACACAUUCGUAAUGGCGGAUACAGAAAAAAAUAUGGAAGAUUUGGAAGAUGGUGAGAUUGAAAGUGACGGAGAAGAUCCGGCAGGUGCUCAAUGUGAAGAAAAACAAGAGGAAAUUGUACAAAGCCUGCAGGACAAAACUAGUCAAGAAAAUUUGGAUACACAAGAUUUUUACUAUUCUAAAUCAGGUAAGAAAAAGAAAAGUAAGUCAAAAGGCGAACAAAAACUUAAAGAUAAAAAUAAGAAAAAGAAUAAGUAUAGUCCGAAUCUUGAAGAAGAUUUUGCUGGUAACAUUGAAAAAGCGAUAAGAAAAGCAAUGAAUAAAAAUCAUGAUGUAGAUAGUCCUCCUGAAGAUGACGUCGAAGAACGUAGGAAGCAUAAAAAGAGAAAAAAGUAUGAUAAUAAAGACGGUUUGGUCAAAAAACGUAAAAAGCAAGAUUAUUCUGAUGAAAUGGACGAGGAUGAAAUGAUGUGUGUGAGAGGUGCGUCACCUGUCCAAAAACAGUUAGAUUCAUAUGAUGAUGAUGACAGAGAUUCAUAUGCUUCAGAAAGUAGCCACGAUUCUCGAGGACAACAGCAACAGCGACCUCAGAGAAAAAGGCCUCCUCAAAGAGAACGGAAUAAAAACCACAAAAAUGAUAGGAGAAGAGCGCAAAAUCAAAUGCAAGACGGAGAUGGAGUUUGUUCAUAUUAUAUGCAAGGAAAAUGUCAUAAGGGCGAUGAUUGUAUUUAUUCUCACGAUAAUCCACCGCCUAGAAAAAUGGAAUUAUGCAAAUUUUAUUUAAUGGAUUGUUGUGCAAAACGUGAUAAAUGUCUUUAUAUGCAUGCAGAUUUUCCUUGUAAAUAUUACCAUACUGGUCUUCCUUGUAUUUUUAAAGACGAUUGUAAAUUUGCACACGGCAGGCCAUUAACUGAAAAUCUUAGAAAUAUCCUGCUAAAACAUAUAGAAUCAGCGCCUAAGGAAAUAUUAGGUGACUUUCCCAGGUUACAUCGAGAAGGAGCUUUACAGAUGAUUAAAGCAACUCAGUUAAAAUUAAUGCAGCAAUUUUCAGAGAAUUCUGAUAACGAUGAUAAAGUUAUCCCUUCUCUAUUUGAUUUGAAUAUACCAAAUCCGCAAAACAUGUUGGAUAAUAUGCAAUCCAAUCAGUUCAGUAACGAAAAACAACAAAAAGUAUCUCCUAAAAUACGUCAAUCCAGAUGGCAACAUGAGAAUUCUAACCAAAACGUGAAUAUGUCCCUAAACAACAGUACUGGACCCACAAAUGUUUUGAAUAUAAGAAAUUUAACAGGCGUUUUGACACCAAGGCAAAUUUCCGAUCUCACAAAAAUGGGUAUUGAUAAUUUAGAUCAAUUAGGACAGCUAACUGUGUUGCAGUUGAAUAGUAUUGGAAUUUCGUUGAAACAGAUUACUGAAAUACAAUUAAAUACUAUGAAUAUACAAAAAUUAGGUUUAAUAAAUGCAAAUAAUGAACAACAAACACAACAACAGUUUUCAAAUAAUACAUCUAUUAAUAAAGAUUUGGAUUUGCGAGUGCCGCCUGUAGUUCCGAUUUCAACUAACACAACAGUCAAUUCAGAUUUUCCUGGACAGGAUAUUGAUAUGCGUUUCCAACCGGCGCUUGCGCUAUCGCAGCCAGAGAAUAGUACUACUAGCAAUGCAGUAAUGAAAAAAGAGCCACUGGUUAAUAAAGAUAUGAUUGAUAUUGAUCAAUACACAAAGGAUGCAUUAAAGUUUGCGUUGAAAGACAAAGAAAAUAUUGAUGUGUCAAAUGAUUUUGAAAAUGAAAAUCCUAUUAUGUCACUAGAAACAAAGGAUGUUGAUCAUAGGGUGCUUCCAUUUACAGACGAUAAUCUAUUAAAAUUACAGUCUAGUAUUAAAAAAGAAUUGGAAAGUAUUAGCACAAAAAAAGAAUUUGACACUGAUAUCAGAUUUUCUACAGUUAAAAAUGAUUUUGACGAUAUUGCUACUAAAAAAGGACUUGAUACAGAUAUCCGAUUUCCAACCAAUAAUAAAAGUUUUGAAAAUAUUACAUGUAAAAAAGAAUUUGACACUGAUAUACGUUUUCUUCAACCCGAGCCUAUAUUUAAAAACCCAGAAAAGAGACAUCGUCGUUCAACUACAGAUGACGAAGAUAAUUUAUUAAUUGAUGAAAAGUGGUAUUCUAGCGAUGAGGAAAAAGGAAAUAAAAAAACGUCUCCUGUUUCUUCACCAAAACCAAAGUCAUUAUCACCUCAAAUUCCUGCUCCACAUGUUAUAGAACCUUCGUCCGUUUUAAGUAAAAUUGGAGAUCUUUCAAAAAUAGAUAUAAGUGAAGAAGUAACGAAAUUAUUAAAUACAAUGAAAAAUAACUUGCAGGAAUCCAAAACAGAUACCAUCAUAGAUCAAAUCGGUUCACCAAAAUCACGAGAUCCUAGAUCAAGGAAGUCUCCAGAUAAAAAUAGUGAUACAACUAAGAGUUUAAAUAAGAAAUCUACGCGAAUUUCUAUAUAUGAAUGUGUAGACGGCGAACCAACUGACGGCCGGAGGAGAACGGAUGUAGAUUUACGUCAGUCUGAUUAUAAAUUACCUACUUUUGGAGAUACGGAUCUUCGGCAAAGUACCAGUGGUGAUAUUGAUUUUCGUAUAAGUCUACCAUUUAAACCAAUAAAUAAUUAUACACCUGCGACAGAAAUAAACGGGUCAAUAAAUAGUCACCCUCCUAUACCGUAUAAAUUAAUAUCGAUUGAUAUUCCCCGACCUGAUUACACCGAUAUCAGAGAUAGCACGGCAAAAUCUCAAGCAUUAGUAGACCCAAGACUGAGAAAAGUAUUCCGGUUAUCAGUAGAAGAUUCAAGUAGUGAUAAUGAAAAGGCAAGUAAACCUGCCACCCCCGCAGCACCACGAGUUGACCCACGAAGAAAACCAAAAGAUGUAACAGACAUCUCAAAUUCAGAUCAAAAAUCAACCGUUUUGGAAUUACAGAACAUUUUACAAAAUUCUAACUGGUAUAAAGAUUUAAGUUCUACACAAAAAAUAUUCGUUAAUCAACAUCUGGCACCUGUUACACAAAUCUUGAAACAACAUCAACAAGAAAAGGCUACCGGUAAAAAAUUAGAUCUUACAUUCUUACAAAGCAACACAGUCUUAUGUAGUAUAUUUACAAACCUGGGAGUAUCUUUAGGAGAAAAUGGUGAAUUUUCUUAUAUACCAAAACCAAAGGAAGCCUUACUUAAAACACCAAUUAAUUUCAAUCAAACUCAAGGUCCUUUUGGUAUGUCAAUGCUGCCCGGCAAUAUUGAUGGCAACAGUACAAAUAUCAUGGGUAUUGGGGGUAUGGGUAUGGGAAAUAUGAACAAUAUGAAUGUUGGUCCAAUGCAUAACUUUAAUCAAUCAUUGCCCGAUCCGCGUGCUGGACCCACGCCUGGUCUGUUAGGUAUAGCUCCAAAUAUUCCUCACAAUUUUAACAAUAACUUUGGUGGACCUAAUAGUUUUGGUAAUAUGGGGUUCAAUGGACCAGGUCCGGGUAAUGAGUUUAAUUUUAUGGAUAACGAACAAAAUUUCCAAAGGUUCCCUAAUAGAGGAGGGCAUCGUGGUCGAGGAAAUGACAGAUGGAAUCGCGGAGGUUCUGGUAGGGGUCACCGGGAUAGAAAAAACUUUAAUGACCGUGGUGGUUGGAAAAAUGAGAGACAUUAAAAACGUUCGAUUGCUUUAAACAAUCACAGUUAUUGUUAAAUUAUUUUUACUCAUUUUACGAAUGAAUGAAGUUGGUAGUCCUUCCACAUAUUACGAAAUGUGAUCAAGGUGAUAAUUAUUAAUGACAGACUUGAGUAGUUACAUUUCUUUUAUAGGUAAUUUAUAAUAUCUUAGAUUAAGACGUCUCGUGUACAAGGUCUUAAGUGUAAAUAUUUUUGCAAAGUACAUGUAAUAAAUUCGUCAGUGGUAGAAAGUUUGUUUGUAAAAGUAAAUGUUAAUAUUUAUGUUAUUACGAAGUAAGUAUCCACUUUAAUAGCCAAAUGUUUUAAGACUGAAGGCAAUUUGUGUUUUACCUACUAAAAUGUUAUUUUAAUUUUGAACAUUGAAACUUUUGUCGAUAAACCCAAGCUGGUAUACGAGUCAAAAUUUAUUUUAUCAUGUUUUGUUUUUAAAUGGGAUUAUUUUAAAAACCAUUGCAUAUUAUCUAUACCUAGACGUGAAUAAAAGCAAUACUUAUACUUUCUAAUUAGAUGUUGGAAUAUAUUAGAAAAGAUUAUGGCUAAUUUGUAUUAUCAAGUAGUUGUACCUAAUAAAAGCCAACCCAACUUGAAAAUAAAUCUAUUUUACUUAUUUGUAUUUA